GCAGACGCAGGUCGUCCUCACCUGCGCGGCACGGCAAGACCCGCUCGCCACUCGGGACUCUGACUCGGCAGCAAGCGGCGGCCGAGUUGCUCCGUCUCUUCACGACUGCGGCCGAACGCACGGACGCCACAACCUCCUUCUUACACACCUCGUCGCAGCGGCGAUGCCUUCGGAAAAGCCGUACCAUAUCAAUGUCGGGUACCUGCCGGACAACGACCCGACUCACGGCAGCGACGACCCCAGGCACGGUCGCGGUGACCGCCGGGAGCCGCGGCGGGGCGAACACCGAGAUCCACCGCGGGACGACUACCGGGACCCGCCUCGCGGAAACAACCGAGACACCCGUCGGGACAACUACCGGGACCCCCCGCGCAGAAACAAUCGGGAGGAUCGACGGGACGACUACCGGGACCCCCCGCGCAGAAACGACCGACAGGACGACUACCAGGACCCCCCGCGCAGAAACAAUCGGGACGAUCGUCGGGACGACUACAGAGAGCCGCCACGCGGCGACACUCGGGGAGGCCGACGGGACGACUACAGAGAGCCGCCACGGGGCGACUAUCGAGACCCUUCCCGAGCGGACAACUGGGAUGCGCGACGGGGCGACGUCGGUGAUCCGCCGCCUCAAUACGAAGCGGCCCCACAGAGCAACGUGCGAGCAGUGCCCCACGCGAGUGCCGCCAACGGGAGUGCCCCCCGCACGAGUGCCCCCCGCACGGGUGCCCCCCACACGAGUGCCCCCCACACGAGUGCCCCCCACGUGAACGUCGCGGUCCCGGCGCCGUACGUCAACCAGCCGCCGCCGCUGAACGCUGCCAAGAAGGAGCAGAGCAGUUGCUGCCUGACUCGACGGACGCUGAUCAUUAUCGCCAUCGUCGCCACGGUGUUGAUCAUCGCAGGAGUUGCCGCGGCCGUGGCACUCAUACUGCUGAAGGAUCCGUGUCAGUCCGACUCUGUUCGUUGUAAUGGAGUCAGAGACUGCGUCAACGGCACAGACGAGCACGGGUGCGCACGCAGCAGUGGAGAUCAAGCGUACCUGCAGGUGUGGAACACGGCAGCCGGCGUGUUUGCCAUGGUGUGUGUCGAGAACUUCACAAAUGUCUACGCCGAGCAGGCCUGCGCGCUCAUGGGAUACGACAGCAGCGGUUCUGUCACGUGGAGUUCGAUCGCACCUUCGGCGGGGGCUGUCGUCGCCGUGAGCACCGACGCUGCUGACACUGCCAACCUACAGCUCGCCUACGCCCCAAGCAAUUGCCCGGGUAAUGUCGUCAGCAUUUCGUGCCUAGCGUGUGGGUCCAGCACCAAGAGCACCUCGCGCAUCGUCGGGGGGCAAGCUGCACAGUUGGGCUCGUGGCCGUGGCAAGUCUCGCUGCAAUUCAACGGCCAUCACACGUGUGGCGGGACGCUUCUGACCCCCACGUGGGUGCUCUCUGCCGCCCACUGCUUUCAGGGGGAUAUGGCGACCAGCGACAGCUGGCAGGCGAACUUGGGCAUCAUCAUUCAGCCCGGCUCAAACACUCACAGCAUCUCCAAAAUCAUCACCAAUGCGCAAUACGUGGACAACACCCACAACGACUACGACAUCGCCCUCGUGAAGCUCCGCAGCCCAUUGGGCAUGAGCAGCACGAUCGGUCCAGCUUGUUUGCCAAACUACCAAACGGACUUCGCAGUGGGAAUGAACUGCUGGAUCACAGGGUGGGGUGCCACAAAGGUCUCAGGUACCGCAUCGCCGACUCUUCAGGAAGUAAUGGUGCCGAUACUGAGCACCGAAACAUGCAACGCCGUAAACUCUUACAAUGGGCAGAUCACGUCACGCAUGGUGUGCGCCGGCUACAUGGCAGGAGGCCAGGAUGCAUGCCAGGGAGACAGUGGAGGCCCUCUGGUAUGCAAAACCGGUACCAGCUGGUUUGUUGCCGGGGCCACCAGCUUUGGGGAGGGAUGCGCACUGACCAAUUUCCCUGGAGUGUAUUCCCGCGUCACGGCGUACCUCGACUGGAUACACGGAACAAUGCAGGAUGGUAACUGAUUCUACAAACGGCAAGAGGAGGAGGGGACUUCACAUCCCGUCGCCUCGUCAGGCCUCGCCCGUUCAGUGCUGGGAUCACUUUGCCUGGCCACGUUAUUCUUCACCUGCUUGAAUCCUGCUUUGGUCCUGCCUGCCACGUUUUUCCUCGCCUUAUCUCGCCUUGCCUUGCCUUGCCUUAUCUCUCUCAUGCCUUGCCGUACUGGGACUUGCCUCUGACCCAGUGGCAUUGCACGAUUGGCAUGAGCCCUUUGCAAAAAUUAAAUGGGGCUCCCUGCUCAAUUGGCGCCCCUCCUUUGUCGCUCGGCAUCUGGGCCUCUCCAGUCCCACGGAACCCCGGUUCAGUUGCAAAGCCGUUUGCAUGCUACUCGAUAGCUAUGCCACUGCUCUGACACAGCAUGUGCUUAUAGACGUGCGUUCGUGUGUGUGCGCGCAUACGGACCCGUCUCCAUUAUUCCUACUCGUGCUAUACAGUUAUCAAGUGUGCGUUUUUUGCGCCAGAUGUUUGUUUUGGGACGAAACUUAACUCCGUUGCAGGAGCUAUAAACGUUAGGUGCACACCUGCAUAUGCAGCACCGUCGCAACAAGCCUGGUCAGCGCCAGUCGCAUCGAUGUGUCUGUGCACCUGAGCCGGACGCAGGACGGCCGUGCCCUUCACCACAAAAUGAAGAAGCUGGAGCUACCCCAAUAUUUUAGUAGCUUGCAAUUCAGAAAGUCGCAAUACGAGCGAUGUUCAAAAACGUGUUUUAUUUAAAUAAAAAACACACUUAAUGAUUUACACUUUUUAUUUUUUUAUUUUACAAGAGUAAUACUUCAUUGUAUUUUGAGUGCUGCAGUCAACAGAACGGUUGUUUCCUCGGCGUGGAGUCAAAUGUUGAGACCCCGUCUCUUCUGACCCAUCUGGUUUUGCUCAGGACAUGGUCAUGCCGUUUAAAAUGGUUUGGGCCAUAGACUAAAAAGUUGUCGCAAAGUUUUAAUCUGCCUGUGAUCCUGACCUGAACUGCAUAAACACACGUUCUUAUAAGAUUGUUUUUUUACGUUAUACGAUUCUGCUGAAACGCAUCCACGUGUGUGUAAGGGUUUUAUAUUCCGUCGCUGCUGUUACACGGCGCACUGACCAUGGAUAGUUUUUGUAGCUUCAAGGUGCAACUGCUUGACAUGUGGGUGUCGCUGUGCAGGCCGUGACAAUACAAACAGGACUAAAAAUCGUCUUUAACAUCGCAUAACUUCUAGCAAGCUGCAGGCAACACAAAUGUCAAAAAUAAUCCAUGACAUAAUUGUGCUUAUUGGAGCAGAAGUCAAACUAAUGGAAUAAUUUCAUCAUUUUGUAUGAUUGUCAAUCUUGAAAAAAACGUAUAUAUUUAGUCUACAUUCAUUAAAAUUUUUAUGAUUUUAAUUGA